GUCGCAUAAGUUCUCCUGGUACCAGGUUGCCAAAGGAGGUCACCCGGUCACCCAGAUGAGGUUCUUUGCCCGUUGUUACCUCCGCACCUCGGCCAAUGGCGUGGCACCUCAUCGUCGCCGUGGCCAAUCCUGUCGCCAGUUUUCGUGCCGACCGCCAGCCGAUCACCGAUCCAAGACCCGCGCCCGGCUUUGUGCCCAGAUUUAAGCUUCUUCCUUGCUGGGCAGGAUCUCCUCUUCGAAGCGCGUGAAUCCUUUUUCCACGGAGUUUCUUCCGAACUUUUCGCUCGUUACGUACGCCCUCCCGCGCUUAUCGUAAACCGUAUCGCGAGCGACACCGAACGCGAGGAGCUCGAGGAGUUCGAGUAAUCUGCAUCGGAAGAGAAACCAUCGGGGACAACCGUGAUGGCCGUCAGGUUCACGAUCCUGGUGCUCUUGACCACCGUCGUCGUCGUAGUUUCUUCCGCCGGACUGCUCGAGACGUUGCUCUCCUGGGAUUUUCCAGACGCCGUGGGCAGAUCGACCAAUCCCCAAUCGCAAUGCCUCUGCCAAACGUCCAAUUGCUUGUGCUGCAUCGAUCUGAAUCUGACCGCGACCUUCGACCUAGGUGGACCGGCGUGCAUCAACGUCAGGCAAAAGGAGCAGAACGUCUCGUUGAACCUAAGCUACGGCGACAAUCCCGUGCACAACGCCACGAUUAAGAUCGUGGACGCGGCCAACAGAUCGACUUGCAUGAACCUUCUCUCGGACUUGGCGCAGAUAUGCGCGAAAUUUACGUGGAUCAAGCAGGCGGAAGCGGGUCACGACGGUUGUUUGGUGAUCGAGCCAGCUCUGUUGGGAACACCGCAGGCCACUUACCAGAUGGGAUGCUUCAAUUUCAAUCAGGUGGUGCGCCAAAUCGAGCCACCUCCCGCCAUCGAGACGACGGAAGGGAGCGAGAGCGCGGAGGAGGAGGAAGACUCGUUGAACACGGAGGAAUUCAUAGCGGCUGUGUCGGCGAGCGCUGAGCAAGGCAUAGCGCUGUUCUCCCAAUGGCUGGGCCUCAAUCUGAACCCGAAAUUGAACGCGACGAGCGGGAAGAACAGCGGCCAACAGGAGGCGAACGGGCAACGUUCCAUCCCGUCCACCACUUCGAGGUCCGCCCGAGCUCAGUGGGAUCAGGAGGAGAAGAACGACGAGCGGUUCAAGCAAUUGUUAAGCGCUCAGGAUAACGUGUUGAGGGGUUCGGCGACGAUCGGCCAAUCGGCCGAAACGACGUUCGUUUAUUCGAGACCCCCCGGCUUGUACUCGUCGGAUAAGAGUUCGGACGAGAGAAGGGUCGAUCGAAUGAAAAUCGAGCCCCAACACCUGGCCGUGGUGCCGAAAGAGUCGAGGAGAGGUGGAAGGGCGUACAAUAUUCAUCAGCACGUAAACGAGAUAUAAACUCGGUCGGUUCGUUUUCCAUUUUCGGCUCGAUCGAUCGAUCGAUCGAUCGAUCCAGGGGGGGAUUAAUUAGAAAGUAGAUAUAUACAUAGGAUUUAUCUAUACAUAAUAGAUCGUAUUCUUACGGCGAGUUAAGGCAGAAUUAUUAUCGUCCCCUAUUUAUUUUUCUUCGUGUUUUUACUUUUCAUUCUGCUUCUACUUAGUUCUAAAUUCGACUAAUCGACGGACAUCGAGGAACGACUAUGUCUAUAUCUUAAUCUAAGUAAUUGGACAUCGUUCGUUCUUUUCGAGGAUGUUGAUCCAAUUUGAUCAACUCCGUUUGAAUGAUCUCUCGUAAUUGUGAUUGCUUCUUCUUCUUCUUCUUCUUC